AUGACCUCAGAAGCUGACGGGAUCUGCCCAGAGGGCAAAAUUUUUGUUGAUGUCAUUGAGUAUUUAAUGGACCCAAGGAACAAAGAGAAACUUCAACACCUGCUGAGUGAUGAUUCCUGGGAGAGAUUUGUGGCUGCGGCCGAGCUGUCCAGGGAUGAGGCAGAUGCACUCUAUGCAGACUUGCACGAGCUGGAAACACUCAUGGCCGAGGAGGACGAAGACAUGCCCUCAGCAGACCAGCCGUAUGUGGAGAGCUUUAUGAAGGAAUUUCCUCAGGUGAAACAGAACCUUGAAGAACGCAUAGGAAAGCUCUACGCACUUGCUGAUGAGGUGGACAAGGUUCACAGGGACUGCACCAUCACCCAAGUGGCGGCCUCUUCCACCGGCGCUGUGUCUGGCAUUCUGACCAUCAGUAGCCUGGCUUUGGCACCAUUCACAGCAGGGGCUAGUCUGCUGCUUUUGGUAACUGGGGCGGGACUGGGGGCAGCAGCUGCUGUGACCCAUGUGGCCACCAGCAUCGUGGAAGACGCAAAGAAUACAUCAGCAAAAGCUGAAGCCAGCCGCCUAUUGUCAACCGGUAAUGACACAGAGAAGAUGGUCAGGGAGCUUCUAUUUCGCAGCAAACUCAAAAUUUAUUACUUAAAAUGGAAGUGUUCUCGAUCCCUGAAAGUCAUUGUGAAGAAUUCCCGUGCCUUCAGGGUGGCCAAAGCCAAUCCGGUCUUAGCAGCCAAGGCCACGCGCUUCUUGCGCAUGGGGGCAGUCUCAGCCCAAAGCGGCAAGGAGGUGCAGAAAGUUUUUAGAGGCACUGUUCUGGCCAUGAGCAAAGGAGCCAGGGUCUUUGGUGCAGCCACGGCAGGUGUAUUCCUUAUUUUGGAUGUAGUGGAUCUGGUGAAAGAGUCAAAGCACUUACAUGAGGGCGCAAAGGCUCGGUCAGCUAAAGAGUUGAGGCAGGAGGCCCAAGAGCUAGAGAGGAGGUUGGAAGAACUCACCUGCAUUCAUGAAAGUCUACAGGAGGACCUAACUCCAUGAUCCCCAGACAGUACAGGGAGCAGGGUGUGUGGGAGACAAAGGCGUGGACUUACCUUGU